UAUACAUACAUCAUAUAUUAUACAGGGUUUUAUUUUUAGUUCUAAUAUUAAUCUUGCUAUGUUGGUAUGAGGCUGACUCCAUGAGGACUCUAUGAACACCUGAAGAGAUCUACUGUGAGUGAGUGAAAAGGCACCAGGAAAAACCCAUUUUAAUUUGUUGUUUGUCUUCCUCGACAUGGUGUUCUGGAUUUUCUUUCCCAUCACCCUGGCCCUGGUGUCCUUCAUUGGAACAUGGACUGUAUAUGGCCUAGCCCUCUCCAACAAUCAUGUGUGCUCCCUCAGUGACUGGGGAGUUGGGAACUACUGCCAAUGGAAUUCUUCCUCUGGAUGUUGCUAUGUUCCCACCAUAAGCUCCAGUGGAAGCUUUGCACCAGAAAAUUCACUUUUUACUGCAACAAUCAACGCCGGAUCCUUUCUGUUUCUGCUGUUCUGUAUACUCCACCAUGGCCAUGUGAUGGAGAGACAUGCAUGUCAUGCCAUGCUGAGCAAGUUUGCACUGGUCUUUGGUGUGGUGGCAGCCCUUGGGGCUUUCGCAGCAGGAAACUGCAAUCCAUAUCACCUGUCACUCCUUCACUACCUCGGAGCUGCCAUCAGCUUCAUGUGCAUCUGCUUCUACACUGUCCUGCUCACUGCGCUGACCAGGAAGUGUGUGCUGACAGGAUAUGAAAAGGUUCUCUACCCAUUACGCAUCACCUCCACUGUGAUUCAAACCAUUGUCACCAUCUGCUAUACUAUUUUGUUUGCCCAAAAGGAGUACUUUUACCUUCACCUGUCUGCUAUAUUUGAGUGGAUGCUCAGUGUCAACUUGGAGUUGUUUGAGCUCAGCUACGCCGUGGAGUUUUACUUCUUCUCAUCCUUCAUGAUUUCAAAUCUGUUGAACAAACGAGAGGAAGAAAAGCCUUUGAUGUUGACAAUGUCCUGAUAUGAGGCUGCCAGGGUCCAGCUGACACACAGAGAAAGUGAGGAUGGACUUACUAAUAAAUCUGUAAAGACAGUGGCUGGGCCGUGGCUGGAGGAACAAUAAUUUUUUUUUUUUUCAAUCACUCAGCUGAGAUGGAUUUACUGUAUAGCAAUUUAUGGAUUAUGACCACUUAUCCUCCCUCUCGAUACUGUUGCCUACAUUUGUGAUUUCCUUUAAUGGGCAUUUCUGUUCCUUUGGUAAAACUUCCUGUAUUUAUUGAAACAAACCAGGUUGUACAGCAAAUGAACAAAACAUAUCAGCUAUACUGUACUUUACUACAAGUGACGUUGAUACUCUGCCACAGAACAAUUAACCUGGGGCGUCAUACUCUGAUACACCUCAUUGACAGUAUGUUUAUCCGUUUUUUUUUUGUGCAAUAACUUCUUGUUGGACAUUGGCAAAAUCAGCAAUGAACUAAGAAUUUCUCAUCAGGUAUGCUAGUAUGGACCAAAAGUCGUGAAAAUGUCCCAACUUGUCUCUUAUCAUCUCUUAACAUUAAGGUUCUUUAAUGGAUCUAAGCACUUAUAUCUAGCCUUGGCACUUUAAUAAAAUCAUGACCAUUACACAAGCUGACAAGUCCUGUGAUACACAGACUUGGCUGUGGAGCUCUAUCAGAAGAGUGGAGAACAUUUCUAAACACCUAGUCAUUUAUUUUAAGUUCCUGUGACACCACAAGAUCCUGUUUGACUGGAUGAGUAAGAGAAAAUUAGUUCGACAGUUUUGUCACAGUGCAUACUGAAAACAAGACGACCAACACCUCAACAGCUUAAAAUGCACAAGUAUUUAUAAGUCCAAUGUUGGUUAGGCACAGAACAGUGGGUGUCGUCUGUAUCCUUUCCAUUACAAUGGUCUUAGGUGUGGUCUAUUAAUCUGUUUAAGUGUAUUUGAGCGUCAAACUAGUGUGAAGAUACCUGAAAUUCUUUGUCUGAAGUCUAGUGUGUGUUGUUUGACAGUCUUGGCAGAGGACUGCACUCUACUGAGCACAUUUUGGUGUUCACUUUCGUAAAACAGCUUAAAGGCUGUGAAAGUAUAUUUUGUCUCACUUUCUUCAGCGACAGAGUCCAACAUGAAUACAUUAUUUUCAGCAGGUUUGGUUAUGUCUCUUGGGAUAUUUCUGUAUUUAUGGUCUUGUCCUUGUUCCUCUCACCACCAAAGUUAGAGCUAAAAGAGAGUUAAUAUUAGACUUAGAUUCACCAGGUAGAGAGAAACAUGGCUCCAGAUGAGUAGUAAUGCUACUGGAUGUAUACAUAGACCAUUUACCAACAAGUUCCACUGCAUCACCUUUAAAGGUGAUAUACAUCUGCCUUCAAGUGGCCAAAAAAACAAAAACA